AUGGAGGAGCAGGAGGACGGCAUCGGCCUCCUCCCGGAUUGCCUUCUAGGCACCAUCGUCUCCAUGCUCCCGCCCAAGGCCGCCGCCCGCACCAUGCUGCUCUCGCGCCGAUGGCGACGCAUCUGGCCGUCGCUGCCGCUAGACCUACAACGCAACGCCGAUUCGGACGCUCCUUUUCUGACCGCCGAGUCCAUCAACUCCGUCCUCUCCUCGCACCGCGGCCCCAUCCGCCGCUUCUGCGUGACGACCCUCGACGGCGUCGGCACCUGCGCCUGGCUUCGAGCCCUGGCGGAGCGGCGCGUCGACGACACCCUCAUCGUGCGGUGGGCGUGCAGGUUCCAGCACCCCGUGCCCCGCACCCUGCUGGGCAAGGCCGCGGUUUCCAUACGCCAUCUGGAUCUCCACUGCUGCCGCCUCGGCCCUCCUAAUGUCCUCCAUUCUCCGGUGCCGACCUUGCCGAACCUCGACUAUCUGUACCUGUCCGACGUGAUCAUCUCUGAGGCGGCGCUCCACCGCAUGAUCGAGGUCUGCCCUGUUCUCCGAGAGCUGCAUCUCUUCAUGAUCCAUGGACUCCACCGCGUUUGCUUCCGCUCCUGCACCCUUACCACCAUGUCCAUGAGCACGCCCUGUGUCCCUCUCGACGAGUUCUCCGUGAGAGACACGCCCGCCCUUCAAAGCAUCACCUUCACGCACAUUGAUCUCUGGCGUAUACCAAAUUUUGCUGUUAAUUUUGCCUUGCCCUUUGUAACCUCUCUCGUUUUUGGUAUGAAAUUCACAAACGGUGAAGAGCUGACCAAAGCUAUACACCUCUUAACCUUAUUCACAUGUUUGCAACGUCUCGAGAUAUUGUGCUUCUACUUCGGUCCAAAUAAUGAAGCUGGUUGUGGAGAUUGGAAACCGGCAUCCGAGAUGGUCAUCUGGCAAAGUAAGCAUCUAACGCAUGUGCGACUGAGCGGAUAUUCUGGUACGGUCGGGGAGGUAGAUUUUGCAAGGUAUCUUAUGGUUAGAACGCAAUCUCUAAGGGCCAUGGAUAUCAGUCAUUCCGUUGAUUGGACCCCAAAGGAUAUCAGCCGCCAAACUGAGUUGAUAUGCCUGCAAGGGAAGGCCUCGCCAUUGGCUGAGCUGUUUUUCACUAGGAGCGCCCAGCCAGAUGACGUGCGAAGGAAAGUAGCUAGAUAUCUUCAUACAUUGCCCAUGCUUUGA